CGGGUUGUACAAAUAGACCGCCCCUCUCCUUUUUCUACGCUCUCCCCUUCUAUUACUACAUACUAGUUGUGUGUUCGUUUCGCGUCAGAUGCUGCUAGUAUGUAAGUUAUUUGCGCGUAGCGCAUCAAUCAGAAUUCGGAAAACUGCGGAAAACCGCACUCGGAGCGCCCAGACUCAAUCUGUGGCAGACGCUCGGCUGGCGCUCACUCUGCCGUGGAGUGCUGUACUAUACCUAGUACUCGUCGCUGCGGCGUCCCACCACCUGCGGUGGAGGAUCGCCUCUAUCUUACAAAUAAUUCUAUUUUAUAAAUAAUUUUUUCAUGUAAUAAAGAAUUAUCUAAUUCUAUCUAUUCUUGUACUGAAAUA